GUCACACUGAUUUUCAUUCGUCGUGACGAGUACCGUACCUCGGAAUCGAAAAGAAAAAAACAUAAGCAGACAGGCGAAGCAGAGCAUACCAUUUAAUAAUGAAUGCAUAAGAACGUUCGACUUCGACGCGCGCCGAACCAGUCUGCGUAUGAAUCGUGCGUGCGUUUGCCGUUGCCCAAGUGGAGGAUAUUUUUUUGAGGUUUGCGAGCGUUAAAUGCGUUGUCCCUCUGCUGUACCGAAUCGUUAAAAGUGCGUGGAAAAGUGUACGAAACGUACGAAACGAAACCAAUACACGGAAAGUGGGACAACGGUCUGUGUCUGUGUCCGUUCUGUUGUGUGUGUGUUGUGUUUGUGUGUGCCGUGGCGCUGCGAGUGUGUGCGUGUGCCAGUGCUUCGAUUCGAUUCGAAAAAUGUGUUUUAUUCCUCGACCAACGCCACAGAACGCAUAAAGACACAGCGCAAUCAAAGUGCAUUUGCUGUUGCAGUCGCAGCCAAAGCAGAGAAAUAAGAAAUAUGAGCUCGAAUCGCGAAUUGUGCACGCAAACCCAAAGCAGGCGCUCUUCUACUCCAUCUUCUUUUGUCUGACUCUGAGCGACGACUUUGCCGCAUGGCUGCCGGCCACUGGACAAUCGAAUAUAGAAAUGAAUGAUUUACGUCAGCAGCAGAUGGUAGCAGCGACAUCGUCAUCAGGAUCGGAAUCGGGAACAGCGGUAGAAUCGGCAGCCGCCACGUCCACAGCAGGAUCAGCCGGAGCAGCAGGUCGCCUCCAGCCCAACUCCACCGCCAGCAACUCUAACCCAAAGUCAGUGGCAGCCAGCAGCACGAGCGAGGAGGAGCAGCGCGUUAGCUCCACGUCGUCGCCAGCCCAGCGGGAUCGGGAUCAACAGCUGAAUGCCGAUCGGGAUCGGGAUCAGGAUCGGGAGCGGGAGCAAGAGCAGGAGCCACAGCAGCAGCGGGAAGAGGCCCUGCAGCGCCAGCACAACCAGCCUGGCCAUAUAACCAGCACCACAGCGUCGCCUCCGCCGACGCAGCCACCGCCGACGCCGUGCGACGAUGCCCCAAGCACAACUGGAGCAUCUGCAUCGGUCAGCGCAGCAUCCGCAUCAGCAUCCGCAUCCGCAUCCGGACAAGCAGCAGCAGGAACAGCAGGUGGAGCCAUGGCUGCCACGGCGCUCGAGGUUGAGGGCGAGGAGCGGGACGGACACAAGAUCAUCCUGAAGCUCUCCAAGCACGCCGCCAAUCCGAACUCAAACCCAAAUGAAUCUCAGUCGGGUGGCGACGAGAGGCGGGUGGAGCCAUUGCGCAUCCAGCUGCCUUGCGGUGGCGGCGGUGGGGAAGGAGCCUUGGCCAAGCCGCAGGACGCCUUCGACGCGGACGCCUCCUCCUGCUCCUCGUCGUGCGCAGAGGACGAGGUGGUAAGCACGCUCGGCCAACACCUGCGUAACACCCCGCACAUAGUGCCAAAGCUGACCAUCCGAGCCGCCAAUGAGAGGCGCGUGGGCAGCGUGGUGCCCAAGCUGACCAUCAAGUUGCCCGAGAACCCAGCUGCCUCCGGGUCCUCCAACUCCGGAUCGUGCUCGUCGGCAGUGAGUGGUGGCGCCCAAUCAACAAUGCCCGCCAAGAACGAUGCCCAUCUAUCCAGUCUCUCGCCCGCCUCCGCCUCGUCUUCGUCUGCAUCGUCCUCCUCCUCAUCGUCAUCGUCGAGCUCUCUGGCGGAGAUGCAGACGGUGCCCAAGCUGAUGAUAAAGACAACACUGGCCGGCAGCAGCUGCAUCAGCAGCAGCGAGGAGCAUCCGCAUCCGCACCAGCAGCAGCAGAUACCAAAGUUAACCAUCAAGACGGGCGGCGGUGGCGGCGGUCAGGAGCAUGUGCACACGGUCAUCAUGACGCACGAUCUGAACAACGCCCAGAGCAUCCCCAAGCUCACGAUCAAGACCAAGUCCAUUGAUCUGCUCGAGGACGAUCCGGCGUCCAAGCUGGAACAGCUGCAGCCCCUGCCCAAGCUGACCAUCAAGAACCUGUGCUCGCCCAAACACAAGGUGCGUGCGGUGCUCGAGGAGAAGGUGCCAUCGGCGGCCUCUAAGUUGGCAGUCCCGAAACCCGCACCCACACCCACCCCAACACCCAAUCCCACGCCCACGCCCGCUCCCAUGACGAAUGGCGGCGAGUCGAACAGCAGCAGCCAGGAGUUCUGCGGCUUCUCCGACCCGGACGCAGAUCCGGCCGUGGCAGCAUCGCUGUCGGACGAGGGUCGCCGCAACUCGGACGACAUGGUGAUAGACGAUUCGCUGUCCAAGGAGCACGACCCCAAAAUGUUCCACAACCUACCGCCCCUGGCCGCCAGCAAUGGCAUUGCCAGCGCUGCGAACAAGGUCGGUAAGCCUGCCCAGCCGCAGCACAACGUGGUGGACAUGGUGGACCUCACCUCCUCCCCGUCGCCGGGCUCCUCGCCUGCCCAUGUGGCCACCAACAACUUCACGGGGCGCAUUACGCCGAACAACCUGCUCCUCGAGUGCCUGCGGGCGCAAGUUGCGUCGGGUGGCUUCACGACCGCAACGGGUGAAACGGGUACGGGAGGUGCUGGCGGCGCCCCGUCCUCGCCCAAUUCGAAUAUCUUGCUUAGCCAGCUGACGGCGCCGGCCAAGAGCUUCGCUACGGCCACGCCCAAGAGCAAAUCCAGCAAGUAUCCGCAGUUGACGGAGCGCCUUAUGGCCAACGGUGGUGGCGGUGUCGGUGGAGGUAGCGGUGGCGCAUCUGUGGUUGCGCCAGAGAUCGAGGCUAUCGUUGGACCGCUGGUCUCCGCCAAUUCCGCCCCGCCCAUAAUCGAGUCCAUUGAGAUUCUGGACACUCCUGAUGGCAGCCCACGGGCCGAGUACUUGGACGACGAUCAGCCGCCCCCGUUGCUCAAUAACCAUCAUCAAAUUAACCACAAGGAGCCACAUAUGGAGGAGCAGGAGUUGGACAACAACAACGAGAACCACUUGAAGCGCACCAACAGCCAGGGCAACGAAUCUCCCAGUUGUGGCAUCCCUCCCAGCAAACAGAGACGUCUGGACAACGACGAGAACGACCAGCAGACGCAGAAUUGCCACGAACCCGCCCGAAAGUGCAAUGCCAGUCCCGGUGAAUCGGUGCAGGCGCUGCCGCCGUCGCAUCGCUCGCGAAAGCAAAAGCACGAGCGGAUUCUCAAUACGGACCCGGAGGAUGCUCUGUUUCCACCCACCCAACAACAGCAGCAGCAGACGAUUUCUACGCCGGAUCAGAACGGAGCCUUGUCUUCUGGUGCCGAGGCGGAGGAGCCGAAGGCUCAGGAUCCGCUGGAACAGCCGCCCCCUCAACUACCGCCCGUAGCCACGCCUGCGGGCACGGGAAAGAAACGGGGACGGCCCAAACGGAUCCAGAACCAGAGCACAAGCGAGGCUAUUUCCGCCGUUACUCCCAAGCCCGGUACCGGUACUCCACCGGAGGAGACCAACAGUGCUGUUAAAUCGCGACGCGUUCAACUGCUGCGCAAGCGACUGGCCAUCGACAUGGUUAGCGUGGGACCGGAGCAGGCGGACAUGACGCCAAAGGGUUCGUCAGUGGGCGAGCAAAAGGCUAGGGUGGACGAUGAGCUUGCCGGCGCAUUGGAGACGCCCAAGAGUCGCGACCACCGCCAGCUGAGGGCCACGCGACGCACCACGACCCACAAUCCCAACCUGCAGCCCACGCCCAAGUCCACACGGAAGCGCCAGAGCAAGGCCAGUGUCCAGCAGAGCCAGCAACAGCUGCCGCCGCCGACGAUGGCUCAAUUCGGUAGCCUCGAGGCCGAGUCCAAUAACAAUAACAAUAGCAGCAGCAUGACCUUCGCCCUGUCCGCACAGAUCGACCUAACCAUGUGCUCGUCCAGUUCGUCGACCUCUUCCGGCGCCGCCGCCAACCAGCAGGUGAUCGGUGGCAGUGGCAGCAGCUCGAUGCUGCCGCCCACGACGAUCCUGUCUUCGUCGGACCCGCUGCCCGACGUCAUCUUUCAGCCGAAUGAUUUCUCCUCGAUCAUGGCCACCCAACAGCUCCGUUCACCGCGCCCCUCCAGCAUCAGCGGUGGCAGUGCCGGCGGCAGUCAACCAGACUCACACGAUGAAGAUAACUAUAACAGCGCACUGGACAACUCCGGAGGUAAGAAAAAAGUGAUAAAAUUGUUUAUUGUUUAUUGUUCUAAUGAACACAAUAAACUGUUCCCAGACGAAUCCGCCACAACGUUGCCGAUGCUCACGAUGGCGACUCCCACCCGGGGACGUGGUCGUGGCCGGGGAUCCAGAGGAGGACGCAACAGCAACAGAGGCUCUUCUUCAGCAGAUCGAGCUGGCAGCGGAGGCAUCGGCUCCACGACCCCGGCCACGCAGCCUCGGGCGCCACGGAUGAGCCGUGGAGCUAGCGCUGUGGCCAAGGCCAUCGCCAUGAGUCGACCUCGCUGCGUGGGCGGCCUGAAGCACACGCCCGAUCCCGAGAGACUUAAAGGCUUGUUUAGUCCGUCGCCGCAAGUGUUUGAGGAGGACACGCGUAUGAGUGCAGAUCUAAGCAACAGCAGUCAGUCGAUGUCUAUGAUCAGCCUGAUGGAACCCCCGCUAACUCCGCAGAAGCAACCCGACUUCCUCAACAACGAGGAGUCACAGUCGUCCAUGAUGAGCAAUAUAAGCCUGCUCGACUCGAACCAGGGUCAGUCCGUCGAUGUUAUUCUGGGUUCUGCGUUAAAACGUCCAAAGAAAAAGAAGAUGGAAAUUUGCGUAGCCGAAGACUCGGACUACAGCGCCUCCAGCAUCGCGGAGUACGACUGGCCGCCGCCCAAAGGCUGUUGUCCUUCGAAGAACCGCGACACCUUUAUGAUCCAGGAGCAGGUUGCCCUCUACCUGGGCAUCACCAGCUUCAAGCGCAAGUACCCGGAUCUGCCACGCCGUGCCGUCGACAUGGAGGAGCGGAACUGGCUGCAGGAGAAGGGACUGGUCAGCGAGAAGAUGUGCGAUCUGGGCAUCACCGCUGUGUGGGCCUCCGACAUCUUGGACAUCAUGUACGCGGACUUCUACGACAAGUAUGAGGAGUACAAGGAGUACAUUCGCCAGAAGCACUUGCGCGAGAUCGAGGCUAAGCAGAAGGCGCUGGGACUUACAGUUGGUGCCGGACGCGGUCUGCAAGCCCGUGACCGUGCCAUGCUCUCGGCCAGCAAGUGGAACGUCUAUUUCAACAAGACCCGGAAGGAUGAGCGUUUGGCUUGCUUGGAUCUGCAGACGUUUACAAUGAAUCAGCCGCUGCAGAGGACGGCGCCCACCUCCACCCGCCUACAGCGCUCCAUUGCGAGUGUGGUGCGUGCAGCGGCAGAAGCGGAAAAUAUGCCCGCCCCGCCCACUCUUUUGCCGCCCCGCGUCUACGACGAGGCCUUCCGGCACUCAGACUACGCCUUUCCACUGGCAGUGGUGCCGGAUCAGUUCUCCUUGGCCUAUCGCCACUUUGAGCCCGCCGAGCUUCGAGCGUAUCCGUUGGACACUGCGCUGGACAAGCCGCCAACCGAUUCGCUGGAAACGCAGCUGCUUCAGCGCGAUGUCGAAGUUACUGGCAGUGAAGAAGUCAAAAUGUCCGCCACCUCCGUCAGCAAGGAUCAGGAGCUAGAUCAAGAGCAGGCUGCAAGCAAACACCAAACGGUGGCGGCGCCCGUUCGACGAAGCAGAAGAUCGACACGCCAGCAGACGGACAAGGUGCGCACGGCCAGCAACUCGAGCGUUUCCUCCGCCCUGUCGCUUUCAUCCGCGUCCAGCGGCAACGGUAGCAGCAGUGAUACGGACAGCGGCGAUGAAAGCGACUUCAGCAGCAGCUCGAGCUGCUGCAGCUCGACGGGUGCCUCGAGUGGAGCUGGCAGCGAGGACGAGGAUGGAAACGAGUCUGCGCCGUCGACCAGGCUGUCCAACUGUGGCGUCUGCCUGCGCAGCCAGCACCGCAAUGCCAGGGACAUGCCGGAGGCCUUUAUCCGCUGCUACAGUUGCCGGAGGCGAGUCCAUCCUAGCUGCAUUGAGAUGCCCCAGCGAAUGGUGGGUCGUGUGCGAAACUACAACUGGCAGUGCGCCGGUUGCAAGUGCUGCAUCAAGUGCCGGAGUAGUCAGCGGCCGGGGAAGAUGCUCUACUGCGAGCAGUGCGACCGAGGCUACCACAUCUACUGCCUGGGUCUGAGGACGGUGCCAGAUGGACGCUGGAGCUGUGAACGCUGCUGUGUGUGCAUGCGAUGCGGAGCCACUCGACCGGAGGGACUGCCCCAAAUGGCCGGCGUAACCCAGUCAGCGGGAGGGCCCUCGCCCAAUGGGGAGCGGUCAAAGGCUUUGCCGCGCAGCAAACGUCUGAAAUGGGUGCACGAGUACCGCCUCGACCACUUGACCAAGCUGCGCGAGCACGCCGCCAUGUUCUGUGUACCCUGUGCGCGGACCAAGCCCGCCAAGCGGCAGCCGGCGACUUCAGUGGCAGCUGUGGCUGUGGCUGCGACUGUGGCUGUGCCCUCCGCGACGGAUAUCAUGUCCACGACGAGCACGGAUGCCAGUUCGAUACCGAGCCCCAGCCCGGCCACGAAUGGAGGUCAGGCGGCUGCUCUUGCCCCUGCGGCGGCACUGAGUCCAAAGGCAGCCAUGCCCGUGGCGGCAUCUCUGCCACCUGUUCUGGAGGCAACGGUGGCGGCGGCCACAACCAUUGCGGGCACGACGACGAGUAGGCGGCAGCCGACGAAUGCUGCGGUCAAUAUCACAACGAUGCAGUGCAGCAGCAGCUUCAGCGGAAACGGGAACGGCAAUGGAAAUGGAAAUGGGAACGGGGUUUCCGAGGAUGCAGUGACGUCGACGGCGACGACGACGACAACUGUUACGGCAACAGCGGCAUCAACAGGAGCACCAACUGCCACGCCCUCGCCCACACCCACGCCCACGCCGAUUGGCAUAGCUCCGCCGCCGGUUGUUGCCUGAGUGGGGGUCAUACGUUAUUGUGCCAAGCGCACUCUAACGGACUUAUAGUUAGCGCCGGACGCGCCACUCCUCCUCCUGCAGAAGCCACUAGCGUGGCCGCCAUCCCAGAAACACACAGAUGCAUAGUAUUAAUCAAUGCUACACAAGAAUAGAUAGAACCAGAUUGGAGAGGAAACUAUUUAAGAAUUUUUUUUUUACAAACUAUACUUAUUUUUUACUGUCAGUACACAUCGUAUUGCGAUUGUUUUAUACAUACAUAUAUGAAUAUUCCUAUUAUAGUUAUGUUACUUAACUUUGCUAAUGUUAAACACAAUCCCCAAACCACAUAAACACAACAAAACACAGCGCAACACAACGCAACACAACACAACAUACACACAUGACAACAAUCACAGCAAUCACCGAGUAGACCACGUUAUGCUUAAGUUUUCUAUUACGUUCAAAGUUUAAAGGCCUAGCACUAAGUCACAAUUUCAUUAUGUUUCUAGAGAAUUCAUUUGACAUUUGACGCAUUUUAGUUCAAUCGUGACGUGACCGUGUGUAAUCGUCUUGGUCCACGUACUUGUCGUUGUCCCCAUUUGUAGUCCUAGCUGUUUCGUCUUGCUGUUUACUUUUAAAUGGAAAUAGUGUCUAUUUCUCAGUCCCCCUCUAUGUCUAAACCCCACUGUAUCUAUAUACUAUAUAUGUAUCUAUCUAUAUAUACACACACACACACACCUAUUUUGAUUUUAAAUGUCUUACGCGCCGAAUUUUUUGAUCAUGUAUACAUAUGUAUGUAUUUAUAAGAAGUAAGCCCUGUAGUCCAUGUAAGUAGUUAAGCACAAUCUAAGUAGUGUCUUUGUGUGCGUUAGCUGCUUGUUUUUUUUCGUUCAGUUUCGCCCACAAUGUUCUUCGUUUGAUCAGAAUGCGAAGGUGGCGAAACUCAACUCUGUAAUUGUACGGCUAAGAAUGUAUUAUAAAUGUAAUUUAUGCUAACACUACAACACCCAACAAUCGAACCUAAACCCACACGCAAACAAAUGAUAUAUAUUACCAAUUACCUGUAACUAUAAGAUAAAAGCACAAGAACAGAUAUAUAAUUUUGGCAGGCGAGUAUAGGGAAGGCAAAGAUACAGAUUGAUGUGUGAAAUAUGAUUAGGCAUAAACAAGCAGAUUAGAAACAGAAGCAGAUAUAGAAACAGAAGCAGAUUAGAAACAGAAACAGUUCUGAUACCGCCGCAGCAGCAAUAGCGAACGAUGAUAAAUGAAUAGGUUAGGCUAUAAGUUUUCGGUCUACUUAACAAAAAAGUGGACAUUACUCGGGCAACAGAGAACCCGUGAAUCUACUUUUCCAUGGAAUUUACUGCUUAAGUCCUUAUUAAGUGAAAUUAUUCUUAUGUAUACAUACUAAAAGAUUUAUUUUUAAGUCGAAUAAAACAGCAGCAUUAAUAA